AUGUUGUCCAACCCGCUGCACCGCUUCUCUCCCUAUCACGCCAUCUCGUCCCCCAUCAGCCACCAUCCCACAGACACCAUGCACACGUCCGAUCUCGACGCGCUCGCCCAGGGCUCCCAUCUCGCCCUGCAGCAGCUGCAGCAUCAUGUCGGACUGCAGGUGAAGCAUCGCCAGAAUACGUACGGGUCGGCCGGAGCGCCCAGUGCCAGCGUAGGGCAUGUUCGCCGCCGCAUCAGCAGGGCUUGCGACCAGUGCAACCAGCUGCGCACCAAAUGUGAUGGCCAGAACCCGUGUGCACACUGCACUGAAUUUGGCCUUGGCUGUGAAUACAUCCGCGAGCGAAAGAAGCGUGGCAAGGCAUCCCGCAAAGAUCUCGCCCGCCAGGCCGCUGCUCAGGCUGCCGCCACCGCCGUCUCCCAGGGCAAGACGGAUGACGGCCAGAACAGCGGCGAUUCUUCAGACCAAAAUGACGGCAUCGGGCGAUCCAACAGAGAGUCCGUCAUGAUUGCGAGUGUCGAGCAGAGCGGCUCUGCAGCCGUAGCCAUCACUACACCAAUCAUCGGUGACAGCCUGAUGAGCGAUUUGGCCGAUGACGAGCUGCAGCGCAGCCGGCGAACAGGCAGCCUGGAAAGCCUUGGGGACAUUGGAAGCUUGCACGUCCAACUAGACCACAGCAGUACGCAGCAGCAGCAGCAGGGCCUGGACAGCUCGCCUGUUCCCAGCCUCGACCUCAACGGCUACGGCCCCGUCCACACACCGCCGUACGCCCAACGCCAGGUCGCCGCCUCUGCAGCCGAAGAGUCGGCCUUGAGUGCGAUGGGCUCCUUGGGGGCUGCCCACGUGAUGAAUGGAGUGGCAACAGGUCACACAUCUUACACGACGCCGGCCGCCAUGUCUGGCUAUCCAGACCUAUCAACCUACAAUCUGUCACAGCUUCGCUACCCCGUGCUCGAGCCGCUGGUCCCACAUCUCGGCGGCAUCAUGCCUCUGUCGCUGGCCUGCGACCUCAUCGACCUCUAUUUCACCAGCUCGUCGUCCGCUCGGAUGCACCCAAUGUCGCCCUAUGUGCUCAGCUUUGUCUUUCGCAAGCGCUCCUUUCUGCAUCCUACGAAGCCUCGCCGCUGUCAGCCCGCCCUGCUGGCCAGCAUGCUCUGGGUGACCGCCCAGACCAGCGACGCCCCCUUCCUAACGCGCGUCCCCUCAGCUCGCCUCAAGACGUGCCAGAAACUGCUAGAUCUGACGAUUGGCCUCUUGAGGCCGCUGGUUCACGCGCCAUCGUCAGCUGCUGACAUGGGCUCACCCACCGACAACUCCACCAUGUCCUCGAUGCUUGCAAUGGGCGUCAUGGGAGCAGUAAGCAAUGGCCUAGGCAUGUCUUUAGGCGGCGACUCUUUCGGCUUGGAGGGCGGUCUUGCCGGCCUCUCUGGCACUGCUGAGCACAGUGGUGGCGGUAGAGCUGUCUUUGGUGCUGCCGGUACGCUCGACGACGUCAUCACGUACAUGCACUUGGCUACUGUGGUCUCCGCCAGCGAGUACAAAGGAGCCAGCCUGCGCUGGUGGAAUGCCGCAUGGUCUCUGGCGCGUGAGCUCAAACUGGGCCGCGAACUGCCGCCAAAUCCGCCAAGCCGGAUGCCCAACCCGAUGUCGCACCAGUACUAUCACGGCAGCCAGGCCCUGGAUGGAAACGACCUAGGUGCCGAGGAUGAGAGCGAGGACGGCAUGGUUGUCUCAGAGGAGGCACGUGAGGAGCGCCGUCGCAUUUGGUGGCUGGUCUAUCUUGUGGACCGACACCUGGCUCUGUGCUACAACCGUCCGCUUUUUCUGCUGGAUGUCGAAUGCGAAAACCUGCUGCAGCCCAUGGACGAAUCGGCCUGGCAGAACGGCAACUUUGAGAAGAACACCAGCACCAACAUCAACACAGCCACCGGUCCGGACGUCGAGAUCAACUUGGCGUCGACGCCUAAUCCCCUGCUAUCGCCUGACGAUGGCACAAGAAAGAGCGACAACAGCCCUAGCAAUUCCCGGGGCCCCACAUUCAUCUGUCGCGGCCACAGCAUCUUUGGCUUCUUCUUGCCUCUCAUGACCAUCCUCGGCGAGAUUGUCGACCUGCAUCAUCUGCGAAACCAUCCGCGCUUCGGCGUAGGCUUCCGCUCGUCGCGAGAGUGGAAAGACCAGGUCGCCCAGAUCACCCAGCAUCUCGGCAUCUACGAGCAGAGCCUUCGGGCUUUUGAGCAAGAGAACCUCAACCCUGCUGUCCUUGCUGCUGCUGCCCGAGACGAGCAGCGGCAGCAGCAGCAACAGCAGGCAGAAAGGGAAGCAGCCGAGAAGAACGGGACCAAAAACAAGACGGCUUCUGACGGCAACGCGAUUGGGUCUCCUCAGGCCGUGGACACGCCGCUAAGCCAGCAAGAUGGCUCUGCUGCCACAGCUGAUAUCGCCGCUGCCAUCUCCAAUGGCCCUGCUGCUUCUGGACCGGUUCUUUCCCCUCCCUCAUCCUCACCCUCCUCUUCUCCCUCUCCUCCGCUUCGCAUGACCGAGCUCGACAUCCAGACGUCCAUCGUCACCGCCUAUGGCACUCACGUCAUGCACGUUCUGCACGUCCUCCUGAUCGGGAAGUGGGAUCCCAUCAGCCUGCUGGACGACGACGAUCUGUGGAUCAGCUCGCCUGGAUUCAUUACCGCCACUGGCCACGCCGUCGCCGCGGCCGAGGCUAUCAGUCGUAUUCUCGAACACGAUCCGGGCCUGGAGUUCAUGCCCUAUUAUUUCGGCAUCUACCUGCUGCAGGGAUCAUUUCUGCUGCUGCUCAUCGCCGACAAGCUGCAGCUCGAGGCCAGCGCCAGCGUCACCCGCGCCUGUGAGACCAUUGUUCGUGCUCACGAGGCCUGCUGUGUGACGCUGAACACCGAGUACCAGCGCAACUUCUCGCGCGUUAUGCGCAGCGCCUUGGCGCAGACCAGCCACAGCGACGCCGACGAGAGCUACUAG